AUGCCAGGUCCCGAAGACGGUGUUGGCUUAAGCAAUCCGGUACCCACAUCGACGGAUUCACCUGAGGCUCUAUCAAAAUCAUAUUCGUGUGUGGUCUGCCACAAGAGAAAGGUAAAGUGCGACCGGAAAGAUCCAUGCUCGAAUUGCGAGAGGGCUAGUGUUGAGUGUAUUUACCGUCCUCCACCACCGCCCCGUCGUCGCAAACGAGAGCACGAUUUGGAUGAAAACGCGUCUCAAAGUCGUGAAAAGUCGCGUCGUCAUGGAACGGACAGCUCUCACAUGAUUAAUAAUAACCAGAGGAGUUCUGUACCUCUUCACUCUGUCCAAAGCCCUCAUAAGGGACAGGCUGCGGGAUCCGGAAGAAUGAUCAUGAAAGAUGGCAAGUCUGUUUACAUUGACAAUACUCUAUGGACAACAGUUAGUCACGAGCUCACCAAUGCAUCAGACGUCAUAAAUGAUGCAUCAGAUGGCGGCGAUGGGAAUGUGUCUGAGGACGAUAUUGAUGGGACUGAUAUGCUAUUGGGCCUUGGUACCAAGGAGUGUCUCACAAACAUACACCCAAGCCCUUUGCAUAUCUUUAAGUUGUGGCAGACUUUUCUUGAAAACGUUAAUCCGUUAAUCAAGUUGUUGCACACCCCGACAGUCCAACCACAAAUUCUCGAGGCUAUGAGUGACUUGCCAAAGGCAGGUAAAGAACUUGAGACAUUGAUGUGUUCGAUUUACUGUAUAUCUUUGGCUUCUAUACCGGCAGGAGACGUGGAAAAAGCAUUUGGCGAAACCAAAAGGAAGCUUCUUUCCCGAUAUAGAAGAGGCGCUCAGAUAUCAUUCAGAAAGGUGUCUCUUCUUCGAACCUCAAGUAUUAGAGUGUUGCAAGCGUUCAUGUUGUACUUGUUAUCAUUGCGCGGAUCCUCAGAUCCACAUACCAUUUGGACACUCAGCGGAGUUGCAUUACGUAUCUCCCAGAGAAUUGGGAUCCAUCGCGACGGCUCUGCAUUUGGACUCUCAGCAUUUGAGACUGAAAUGAGACGUCGGAUUUGGUUUCAACUUAUAAUCAUAGAUUCCACAUCCGCUCAAUUCUGCGGAGUGGCCACGAGCCCGUUUCUGGCAACUGCCGACACCCAGCCUCCAACGAACGCGAAUGAUAGCGAUCUCGAUCCCCGGAUGACAGAGCCGCCACCCGAAAAAGCCGGCGCAACUGAAAUGAUAUUCUGUCUGACUCGCGCCGAGUUUGGCAAAUGGCUCAGACGUUGGGGCAAAAGGUACGGUGAUGCCAAUUCUCCCUGGGAAUUCCUAUCAUCCUCUUCAAUGACUCUACGCCAAAAAGAUGAAGCCAUCGAUGAAUUCGAAAGUAUUGUCGAGAGCAAGUUUUUGCGCUUCUGCGAUCCAUCUAUUCCGCUUCACCUGGCAACCACUGUGAUGGCCCGCUCUGCAGUACACUACGCGCGGUUAACGGCGCAUCACCCACGUCAAUACCAAGAUUCGACUUUUCAGGUCCCUCAGAAGGAAAAAGACAUAAUUUAUGUAAAUUGCCUGAAGAUGGCAGAAUAUGCCAACUUUGCUCAGAUAAAUCCAAGUAUUCAGCGGUUUAUCUGGCACAUGGUCAAUCAUAUGCCGUGGGACGCCAUGAUUUUCAUGCUAUCUGAAAUGCGAAAUCGGUCUGACCCGGAGGAAAAGAGUAUGGUAUGGCAGAUUAUUGGUGACAUAUACGGUCGGUAUCUUCGACAGAUGACCAAAUCUACCCACGUGCCUCUUCACAAUGCGCUGCAGAACUUGAUAGUCAAGACAUGGAGAGCAUACAUCGAUGGUUGUAACAAAGGCAACCGUGUCCCUACUCCAUGUCCCGAAAUUGUCUCAACGCUUUUGGAAAAGGCGGAUUCAAGUUGUUCCACAGAAAAGCAAAUGGUCAAAGGAGACUCCAGGAUGGCUGAGCUUGGCAGACAGUUUGAAGAAUUACCCAGUCAAAGCAUUCCAAACGAAUAUCUUGGCUCUGGACCGGAGGAUAUCAACUUUCUGCUCACCGACAGUCCAAAUUGGAAUGAAUGGGACAAUCUUUUGAACCAUUUUCAAGAAUCACUUUUAGAUGACACAGCGCUGUUUUCGGGCUCAUGA